UAGUAGCUGUUGAGGGAGCACUAGACGUGAAAACAGCGCCAUUUCUGUCGGCGUCCAUGAUACGCGAUGCUACCGCAGCGGAUUCCAGAGCUCGAGCUCGGAACGGCAGCGGGAGAGAAAUAGCCGCUCCCCUUUCGCUGCUUCUCUCUACUUCAGACCACGGCAGGUUGUGCCGGUGAAGUAAGACGUUGCCCCAAAAUGGACCCCUCUGACUAAGACGCAAACACGUCUUGUGUUUUGCUAAGCAGCUGAGAUCUAUCAGCAGCAUAAGCCAUGCCUGACGAGUAAAAUUCCCCCUUUUUUGCUCAAAGCAAUAAAAAAAACAAAAAAAAACAUCCUACAUGCCUCCCCAUGUAGAGCCCCUUCAGUGCAUCCUGCUGGAGUGACACCCCCCUCUUCCAGAUAGGUUCUGCCUCAUCCUUUUUCUGUACCCUUCUCCACCAACCACCCUACAGUAACUACCCAUCACAAUGCUGCUCUACCUGAGAAUGGCCAACACCUGAGGUCCCAUGCGUCCAGUGAGCACCGAUUCAAACGGUCCUGCUCCUCCUGAAAACCUCUCUUGCCCCUACCCCCUUGUGGGCCCCCUGCCUGCCUCAGAGAUGUCCCUGCUCCAGUCGCUGGGGCCAGUACAAAGCUGGCUCGGCCAGGAGCUUGAGAAGUGCGGGAUUGAUGCCAUGAUUUACACCCGCUACGUCCUCAGCCUUCUCCUGCAUGAUAGUUAUGACUACGAUCUGCAGGACCAGGAAAAUGACAUCUUCUUGGGAUGGGAGAAGGGAACUGGGAAGAAAUGGGGCAAGAGCAAGAAGAAAGGAGGGACCGACCUGAGUCUUGAGGAAAUGAAGAAGCAAGCGGCCGUGCAAUGCCUCCGAUCUGCAUCUGAUGAAAACUCUGGAAUUGAGAGCCUGGUUGAAGAGCUUUGCUCUAAACUAAAGGACAUCCAAAACAAACAGAAAGAGGAAAAACAGAUUCAAAAGAAAUCUGAUGGCUCUCAGUCUCCUCCAGAGCGAGCUGAGUCCCCCUCUUCAAAGGACCAGGUGGAAAUGUAUUAUGAAGCCUUUCCUCCUUUGUCAGAGAAACCUGUUUGUCUCCAAGAGAUCAUGACGGUGUGGAACAAGGCUAAGGCCUGCGCGUAUUCAAGUUCAUCAUCCUCAGCAGCCCCACAAACCAGCACAGACACCUCUUCUCCCAAAGAUUGCAACAGUGAAGGCGAGGCUGCAAAGGAGCGAAAUCUCGAGGCAUGUGGUACCAUCACUACAGCGACCAAUGAAAGAGGACAGCAACGGCGAUGCAAGAAGGAGAAAGAAAACCGAUACCAUGGUGGUGCAGCAGCAGAGGAGAAAUCCACUGUCCAUUCUAAGAGACAGAUCAGACACAGAUCUGAGGGCAAAUACCGACCCAGGUCCUGGUCUUCUGGCUCUAGUGAGGCAGGCUCAAGCUCAAGUGGGAACCAGGGUGACUCUAAGUCAUCCAGAAGCAAGACAGUUAGAAUAAGGCACAAAUCCAGGGAGGCUGCAAAAAAUAAGAGAACGCGCAACAGUGGGCAGGUGAAGCUUCAGGUGAAGGUUAUUGACAAAGAGGAGCGAAGAAACGCAGGAGGGAGCAGUAGCAGUGCCACCGGCGGUGCUGCCAAACAACCACAGCUUUACAAAAAGGGGAAGAGACCGCUGAAGGAGAUUCGUAAAGAUCCAGGCUGGGUGGAAGCAAAAGAGUCCGGAGUUGAGGCCAGAAACAAAAAGGAAUACAUGGAGGAGCCACUUUGGUACACUGAGCCCAUUACAGAAUAUUUUAUACCUUUCAGCAGCAGACAAAGCAAGCUGGAAACAAAAUAUCGAAGCAAGGUAGACUCUCCUGAUGGCUUUGCCAUGUCAACCGACAUGGAGAGGCUGCCUGAGAGAAUCCAGGGAAUCUGCAUUGCCAAUGAGAACUACCAGAGAGCAUACCUAGCAGCGGGCUCAUUUGUGGAUGGGCACUUUGUGGAAGGGCCUGGCGAAGCAGAAGAUGAAACUGCUGAACUUACUGGGACCUCAAGCUGCCCUCAGCCAGAGGAUAGUAGAGAUUUAGAUGACAAGCAUCUGUCUGAAUUUACUCACUUCUAUGAAGUUGACAUUUAUCAAUCCAUAUUGGAUACUAGUGCCUCAGACUCGAUACAAGAGAGUCGGAUCUUAAGCAUGAUUCGACAAAAAAGCAAAGAGCAAAGAGACAUUGAGGCAGAAUGUUGUUUAGUGUUAGAUGGCCUUGAGCAGCAAGGGAAAAGUGCAAUACGGGCAGACUCACAGGAAGCUUCGGGAUCUGUUGGAUUUUUAAUGGAGGAUCUUGAGAACAUGGCUCAAGUAUGGGGAUGUUAUUCACCAUCUACUUCAGAAGAUAUAGAUGGAGAAAGCUUCAUAGGAGACUCUCCCAUUCGGCUCUCCCCUCUUCUUGAUAGUGUUUCAUUCACCCUGAGCAAACUAUCUGGAAAUCUGGAGGAGCCACCUGUUCCUGAAGCCACCAGUGAACCAUCUGGUUUGAACUCAUCCUGCUUCUCUCUUUUUGAGCUGCAGUAUGACAGCCCUACUUUUUCUUUUCCCCGCGACUCACUCACCGUUGGUCACGAAAACAACACAGAUUCUAGUAGCUGUCUCGACCCACAUUCUAAUAAACAGUCUCGUUUGCUAAUAUGGACCAAAAAUAGUGCCUUUGACGAAACUGAACACUGUUCUAACCUAUCAACACGAACUUGCAGUCCAUGGUCACAUUCAGAGGAGACUCGUUCAGACAAUGAGCAAGGAAAUGCUCAGGCUGAGGACGCUGCUCAAAUUGGCAAUGAAGAGAUUGACUGUAUAAUGCCUCCUCUUUCUGGUACAUAUCUUGAGGAUGAAAUCUUGGACUUUUUGCAAGAAGACUCUGGUCGUAAGUGUGAGGAGGUCAGUGUUAGCACAGCAUCCAAUCAGACCUUCACCAAAAAAUCUAAAUUGGAGUCCAUUUGUGGUAUAGCAUUGGAAGAGGAUGAGAGUAAACAGUACAGCACUGGCAUGUUUUCAGACAACACAAACCAACAGAGUGAUGAUUACAGCUCAGGGAUUAUAAAAGACAUUUGGACUGCAAUUGGAGAUGGCAAAUCUGUAAUAUCAAGGCAAAGAGCAGAAAAAACAAGUGAGGGGCUCUUCUCAGAUGAGUCGGGCAGUUACUGCUGCAGCUGUCUCGAGGUGCAGGCAAAAGGAGUUCCAGUUCAGGGACCUCAGAAAAAAGCAGUGCAGCGGUCAGAGUAUCACCUUUGGGAAGGCAAGAAAGAAGAACAGGACUUAGCCAAAAACAAACUCUCCAAGGUAGAUGGUGCUGGGGAUUACAUGACUCCGUCCAAGCCCUGGGACUUAAACUCUGACAAGGAGAGUACAUCAUUCAUCCUAGGAGGGGUUUAUGGAGAGUUGAAGACACUAAGCGGUGAUAAGAAUUGGGCUGUCGUACCGCCAAGUGACACCCAAGAUAGCCUGCUACAGUGUGCCGCUGCAGCUGCAUCUGCUUCAAGCUCAGACAUGCUUACCAUCACUGGCACAGAUGUGUUCAUGAACACGGGCAGCUGCUUUGCCCCCGGACACAGGCCCCUGUGGAGGCCUCUUGUGUCCUUUGGGCAGGGUGACCAGGCCAUUAGAGGAGGCGGAGAUGGAUUGAAUAAGGGAUUUUCUUUCAUCUUCCAUGAAGAUUUGCUUGGAUCUUGCGGAGGCUUGCAUAGUGAGGAGCAAGGUUUAGAAUACCCGUUUGCAUCCUUCAACCUGAACAAUCCCUUCUCUCAAGUCCUCCAUGUUGAGUGUUCUUUUGAGCCUGAGGACAUGGCUUCGUUCAGUCCAGGAUUCAAGCCCAAAUCCAUUCUUUGCUCGGACUCUGAGAAUGAAGCCUUCCACCCACGAAUAUAUGGCAUCAACCGGACGCAGUAUCGGGCCAUUCGCAUUUCCCCCAGGACUCAUUUCCGACCAAUAUCUGCCUCAGAGUUGUCUCCUGGUGGAGUGAGUGAUUCAGAGGCUGAGACUGACAAAGAGGAGAUGAGUUUUCCCGUCCUGGCGCCGGUGGACGUCUUUGAUGACCCUCAGGCAGACCUCAAACCUCUGGAGGAGGAUGCAGAAUGUGAGGGUCCUUAUUAUGGGAAGUCAGAACUGGAAUCUGGUAAAUUCUUACCCAGAUUAAAGAAGUCUGGCAUGGAGAAGAGUGCCCAGACCUCUCUGGAUUCUCAGGAGGGCUCCAGUACCCUCCUGCCAAUUGCUGAGCAAGAGAUUUGCUUAGACUGCAAAACGGCAGCAGCUGCAUCAAAUGCAGGUGGACAGACGGACGUCUCAGUUGGCAAGAUUCAAAAGGAGGAAUCUUCAGGAGAAAAACAGUCCUGCUUAUGUUCACCAGCAGGUCAGAUCCCGAAGUAUGGGAUUGCUUAUGACUUUGUUGGAGAUGUGCCAGAGUUCCCUCUGUUAAAUAUAAGUGGACAGGGAGGAACUGGCAACCAGCCAGAUGAGUGCUGGUGGCAGAACACAAUCUGUUCCCCUCUUUUCCCUGGAUCUCAGUGUACAGGGAGCAGCAACAUUUGAAUACUCCAGUUUUGCAGAGGACGCAUGUCGCCGAGAGGAAACCUUUCUCUCCUUUUGUGACUGGACCUCUACCAGCAAAGAUUCAGGGUCAUCUCAGAGCUGGAAAACCUAAUGUAGGCUAAUUUUCUGAGACACCCCUCCAAAACCCCAACACAUAACCCUGUUGGUUUUCAUUUACUAACUUAAAAACCUUGUGUAAUCAACAAUCAGAUCAACAAAAAGUGAGAGAAAAUAGGAAAACUCAAAAAAUAUGUUCUGUCUUUGAGUGAUGCCAUGUGCUGACAUGCAUUUUAGGCAUUUUAGAAUUUAAGUUGAUUCUUCUGUACACUGGUCCUCAUUCAAGUCUCACAGUUAGGUAGUAGGGACAAUCUUCUAUCCUCGUCAGUUUUGUUCCCACCAUUUUGCUUUUGAACUAGGAUUCUGGUAGUUGGUGGUGUCUGAAUGGUUGUGCAUGUAUGUUUGUCCAACCGGUCUCACUCCUCUUUUCUAGUUGAACCUAAUGUUGUGUGAAACAACUGCUAUCGCAUCCUCUACUUUCCAUCUGGUGUUCAGAAAGACAAUAUAAGGAUGUUGAGAUUUUUUUUUGAGUUGUGUAAGAAUUUGAGAGUUUAAUUUAUAUAGUUUGUUUGGACGACUUUCUGAAUGUGAAGUAGAGAAUGUGUGCAGCUUUCUUCUAAAUAUCCGUAAAUUCCCCAUGUGUGAAAAGUCAUCAUAAGUCUGAUUUUUGAAUGGUGAUAGUCUUUCAAAAGCUAGUAGUAGACAUAGUAUGGUUUGUGAGGCUAAAAUAAAAGCAACUUUUAAAAAUAAAAAAAACAAAAAAAAAACAAAUCAAAAGGAGUUUUGUUGGCAAAAAUACUAAUAAUCUACUUGAAAAUGCAAUGCUGUAAAAGAAUUUGGGGGAAAAAAAAGAAAAAAAAGUUUGUGUUUUGGGGUCAAAACCCAUCAUAAAAAGACGUGACUACAGCCAUUUCUGCAGACACCUGUGUUGCAACUGAAUGAAACUUUGUUUUAUUUUUUUGUAAUUUCUAUGGUACAGACUAUUGGUGCUAUAAAUAUGUUCAAAAAUCUUUUGAAGUUGCAGUUCCAUAAUAUGGCAAGUAGAUGGCAUUAGCCUAGUUUUGUUUGUAGACCAGACAGUCAGACUCCAUGAAUAUCUUUUUUUCUUUUUUUUUUUUUUUGCAAAAAUUUGUGAAGAGAAAAGUUUUGCCUGAUCGCAGUUCUUGCUUAAUGUGGCUUGGUUUUUAUUUUAAGGUAACCUCCUAGUUGUCAGGCCUGUAACAGCUCAAGCAGAAAUACUUGCAGGUAUUUAAAUCUAAUGUUUCUACACAUUGUUUCAGUUUAAAGCCCCCAAGCAGGAAGGACACAAAUACCAUUGACUGUCCAUGCUGCAGUUAUACAAAUGUAUAAUGAAAAAGUGGCGGGGCGAAUGUCAAAACCAAAAAAAGAGGCGUAACUACACUAAGGUACACAUGCUUUUUUUUUUUUUUUUUUUUUUUUUCUUUCUUCCAAUAUGAGGUGUGUUUUUAUUUGUUGGUUUACAAUAUAUCUUGUUGAAAUACUGAGUAAUGUCUCACUGAGUGUAUGUGUGUGUGUAGGUAUAGAACUUGUGAUGGCACUGGUUCAGAGUGAGUGUACUAGAACUUUAUCUCAGAGAAAUGUGAACGUCUGUAGAGACAUACAGUACAUUCACAAAAAUGCAAAUGCAUUAGUGUCCCCUAAAUCUGAAACACCCCCCCACCCCCCUUUGACCAGAUUAGGUCUAAAAAAAAAAACCGUGAGGUGUUGUUUACCGACCCUCCUUGUGACCUGUGCUUUUGGAAAUUAAAUCCAGUCGAAGCAUUUGCAGAUAAAUGCGUUUCUUAAAACCUGCGUUUUCUUUCUGCUCCACCUCUUCUUUUUUUUUUUCCAAACAGGUUAUUAGAACAGUAGCAGCGUGACGUAUAUGUGAUAUACCAUCAAACUGAAGCACAGAAAACUAAAACGAUCCCUCCAUGAAUGGGCAGUUCAAUAAAACUAUGUCAGCAGUGUGCGCUGUAAUGCACUGUCGCAGGUGAAGGUGUCUAUUUCGGGCAUGGCUUUGGAAAUGGCUUCCUCAUUAGUAAACGCACCGAUUGUGAAGGCCCAAGGCUUGUUCAGUCCAAUGCCACUUUAAUAGAAAAAAAAAGGACCCCCAAGGAGCUGAAUGAAAGGUACUCAACUUCAGGGUCUUGUCACCUUUCUUUGACAGUCAUCAGACACUCAGGAAUUUUUUAAUAUAAGCAUACUGCAUAAUCUACACUCAGACCUGUGACAGUGCAUUGAUGCAUUAAUGUAAAACCUUUCUUUGAUUGUAGAACAGAAAUUACUGACAGGAAGUUCUUUUCAAGCAAGCAGCAGAGGUGACUGUCAUUAAUUUAGAGCUAUAGUUUUUAGGGAAAAAUAAUAAUAAAAAAAAAAGAACUAAGCCAUUGUAGGUUGCAUAAGCAAUGCGAAAGGGAAUUCAAGAGCCCUGAGUCCUAUGCAAUACCUUGGCGCAUGUACACAUAUGGAGUAUAUGGAGAAAAGUCAUUCAGUUAAUUUUGCAUGUGGAUUACUUUUGAGUGAAGGACACCUGAGAGAGAGAGAGAGAGAGAGAGGAAAAAAAAUAAACUAUGGAAUGUCUAAAAAAUAAAAUAAAAUAAAAAAAUACAGCAUGCAAACAUCACACUCCAUCUUUUUAAGUUGGAUUAAACAAAGUAUUUUGGUUUAAAAAAAAAAUAUUAUGAGUGAGGUUAAAUCAGUGAUUGAAAGAUGUUUUUUGACUGUGUGUGUGUGUGUGUGUGCGCGAGUCUGACCGUGAAUGCGUGCAAGAAGCAAAGUCACAAAAAGCACUUACGUGGGAGUUGAAAGGAAUGCAUCACACCUUUCUCCAUUUAUUUCUUCCAUUUUGAUAGGCCGCGUUUCAAAAAAUAAAAUAAAACAAAACAUGUAUGACGAGAAAAUGCAUUCAGUGAGGGUAUAUGUGUUUGGAAAGACAUCGACAGGGUCGCUGAGUUUCGAUUGCACUGUGGUCUGAAGAAAAAAAAAAAAAUAUCCAGCACUGAAAACUUGGGUUUUCCUCGUCUUUUCAUUCCCACCUAGAUGAUGCUCCUUCACCCUCCCCUUCCUCUAUGUUCCUGAAUCCCAUCUGUCCCGAGUAGCUGUGUUGUUCUAAUUUCAUGUACACCCUGAGUAAAUUAUUUUGUUUCAUUGUGGAUUUUCUUAACAUCUAAUAAAGGAAUAAACCAAACCUCAAACCUG